AUGAGCCAAGAUGCUCCCGCCGACGCAUCGUCGACCAGCACCACGGGCGGCCAGGUAACGCAGCCGCCUCUACCAAGCCACAGCGCCUCGACCUCCUCCGCUGUUGCUGCUCCCACUGCUGCUUCCACUGCUGCUGCUGCCUCUGCUGCUGCUGCCUCUGCUGCUGCCGCUGCUCCCACUGCUGCUGCUGCUGCUGCUACCACCGCGGCUGCCUCCACGACGACGGCGGCCGACGAUGAGCCCGCCCACACCGCCCUGCCGGACCCCUCCCUCCCGGCGCCUGCCCUGGCCGAGGAGGAAGUCGGCUUCACCGCCGCCGACCUCAUCGCCCGACAGGCCCGCCUCGAGGCCGAGGCCACCGACGCCAUCCCCUUCCGCUUCGACACCUGCACCCACUCCAUGGGCUACAUCCGCCAGCCCGCCUACGCCUGCAAGACCUGCGGCGGCGGCGGCGUAUGCGCAGCGUGCAGCGUCGCCUGCCACUCUGACCACGACCUCGUCGAGCUCUUCAACAAGCGCAACUUUCGCUGCGACUGCGGCACCCCCAACCUCUACCGCACCCGCCAGCCAAACUCUUGCCACCGCAAGGUGGCCAUCGACGAGCAGCUCGAAUACCCUCCGGCAUCCCUCCCCUGCACCCUGCGCAAGCCCGGCUUCGACCCGCAGAACGAGGCCAACCGGUACAACCACAACUACGACGGCGCGUUCUGCUACUGCCUCCGCGGCCAGACCUACGACCCGGAAAAGGAGGACGAGACCAUGUUCCAGUGCCUCGUCUGCGAAGAGUGGCUCCACGAGAGCUGCACCUCGCUGCGCCCGCCCCGCCGCCGCGACCCGCCGUCGGCUGCGGGCAAGGAGAGGCAACACGACGACAGCGAGCCGCCACUGAUCGACCACGACCUCUUUGACCUGAUGAUCUGCGACGCCUGCGUGCGUCGGGACGGCAACGAGAUGCUGCGUUCCUACGCCGGCUCGCGCGGCUGGUUGCUCCUCUUGCCGUCGCAGCAAUGCCAGGGCGCCAUGACCGCCUGGGACGGCAUCCCCAGCAUCCGCGUGCCCACCGACCACGCAAAGGCCAAGCCGCACCCCGCCGCUGUGGAGGGGUCCACGUCGUCUGGAAGCGCAGCGCGAGCUGUCAAAGGCGACGACGGCAGCCUGCAGCCUGCAGCAGACGAGCCCAGUUGGCAGCUCUUUGGCCUCAGGUUGGACGCCGAGGCAUCCGACGGCGUCAAGGCAGAUGAGACAGAUGCUCCGGGCGAGGAGGCGGCCACACAGACGCGCCAAGGCUGUGCCGACGGCGCGGAAGGGCUGCAGGCAGCCGUGGCUCCAGAGGCCGGGACAGACGGUCCUCCGCCGCAAGGUACGUCGCUCGACAAGAGAAAGGCUGAACAGGCCCUGUCCGACCCGGUGGCCGGCGGAGACACCGAGGCUGCUGCCAAAAAGGUCAAGACGGAUCCUGAAGUAGAACCCGUCGAGGCGGCGACGGCCACCGGGUGCAACCGGCCGCGCACCAUCCCGCUGCUCGAGAAAGUGCCCGCCUCGAUAGUAGACGAAUGGGAGCCCGCGCUGGCCAAAGACUCCGCCGCCGCCGCCGUCGAGGGCGGGGCGGCGGGCCCGCAGCAGAGGUACGACAUCUUCCUCGCCGAAGACUUCCGCGAGCGCAUCUGCCGGUGCGCCGAUUGCCUGGCGGCGUGGGAUUCGCUGCCGUUUGUGCUCGAGGCCGAAGCGACGUACGCGCCGCCGUCGGACCACGAGGGGUCUCUGCGCGCCGCCGACGACGACGCGGCGUCGGUCACGUCGUCGACGUAUGACCUGGGCAUGGCGGCGCUGCGGACCAUGCCGCGCGAAAAGAUGCUCAACUCGCUCCAGGCCUAUGCCACGUUCCGCGACGCGCUCUGGGAGCACCUCCGGCCGUUUGCGGGAUCGGGCAAGGCGGUGAGCGAGGAGGACGUCCGGGCCUUUUUCCGCAACCGGCUCAAGCACGGCGAGCAGCAGUAG